AUGCCCAACCACUCGUCUCAAUACUCGUAUGUCCGCCGUGUUUCCGUUUCCCUCCUUGACUUUAUUAACGAUAUCGUCAGUCCAGCCGCCAGACUCAAAAAGGACGGCACGGAUAACAUAUCGCCUGUAAUAGUAGGGGUAUCAGUGGCGGCAUGGGGUGUGUUUGUGUUCCUGGCAUACAUCCGGUACAUCAACUUGUUGAUCAACAAAUGGCGAACCAUCUAUUCAAACUGGAGAGUUGGGGGACUUUACCCAAAGAAUGAGGACCAAGUUGAAGGGCCGGUUGGGGAGCAGAGCCCUUUGGUGAAGAAGGUUCAAAAGAAGGUCAGAUUUUCUGAUGAGAAAACCAUUGUCCCAGGAGCCAGAGAUCCUAUCCCAACAUAA